UUUUGAAUUGAUAAAAUUCUAAAUAGUUUGAGAUAUUUUUUGUUAGUAUUUAAAAAAUCAAAGUAAAGUUGUUUGUUCUCAAGUUCUAUAAAAUUUUAAAUUAUUCUUGAUUCUUGAUUAAAUUCGCGACUUGCAAGAUACAGAGUGUUACAUGAUAAAACAUUCUAUUCGCCUUGCAUUGGCCUAUAUCGCUGACGCAUGGGUAUCUACUUGAAUACUUAUCAAAUCGCAUAAUAAACCAACCAACAAUCAAUCAAUCGAUUCGGCUCUGAAGCCGACUUAGGUUACAAGGAACAAUUUGAAUAAUAAUACCUCCUAAUUUACACACAGUUUAGAAUAUUGAACAGUGAGAAAAACGGCAUAAAUUUUCAGUUUUCGACGAAUCCGAAACGUGAAGUUUAUUGAUUUAAUUUGAAAAUCUCUGUUAUUCUGCAGUUUUUUGGUUGAAAUGGUUGUGUGUAACAGCGGGGAUCCCAAGCUUGAUGCGGCGGUUGCCGGCUGGCUUAAACAUGAUAAGAAUCCAGUAACUCGUCAAGAAGUUUUGGACGACAUAGCAAACUCAAAAUGGGAGAAACUGAAAAAGACCAUGUUAAAACGUCAAAAGUUCGGCACGGCAGGGCUGCGCGGGUGCAUGGGCGCCGGUUACAUGUGUAUGAAUGAUGUUGUGGUUUUACAAACUGCCCAGGGGUUGUGCUCGUAUCUACAGAAAGUUUGUAAUCAAUCUCAACUGCACAAUGGCGUUAUCGUGGGCUUUGACGGCCGGUACAACAGCCAAAGGUUUGCAGAACUCACAGCCAAAGUGUUCGUCUCAUCAUCAAUACCAGUACAACUCUUCUCGAAAGUCUGUCCCACUCCUUUCGUGUCAUUCGCCACGAUCCUGUACGGAGCCGCCGCGGGUAUUAUGGUCACAGCGUCCCAUAACCCGAAAGAGGACAAUGGGUACAAAGUGUACUGGAGCAACGGGUCGCAGGUCAUAACGCCACACGACGACAAUAUACUUGAGGAAAUAUGGACUUGUUUAAACAUACCAGAUGACCACUGGAACAUUGAAGGGAUUCGCAACCACGAUCUAGUUAAGGACUGUUUCGAGGAAGUCACCACAAAGUAUAUGGAGUAUAUCAAGUCUAGUUUACACGAGGAAGUUCUAGAAGACAAUAGAAAAGCGGCGAUAAGCAGCGUGUACAGUGCCAUGCAUGGGGUCGGAUAUGAUUCUAUUGUGAAGGCGUUUGAAGUUGCUAACUUGAAGGCACCUCUCAGUGUAAAAGAACAGCAAGAUCCGAAUCCCGAGUUCCCAACAGUGACGUUCCCCAACCCGGAAGAGAAGGAGUGUUUGGAGCUUAGCAAGAAAUUAGCGGAAGAUAGCAAGGUUCAACUUGUCCUAGUCAACGAUCCAGAUGCCGACAGACUGGCAGUUGCGGAAUAUAAUCUUGAAUCGAAAUCCUGGAAAGUGUUCUCCGGGAACGAGAUGGGUUCACUCCUGGGCUGGUGGCUGCUGCAGCAGCACGCCAAGCACGGCUCCGUGCAGGACGAGGACGAGGUGUUCCUGCUGGCGAGCUUCGUCAGCUCCAAGAUGCUGCGCGCCGUCGCCAAGGGCAAGGGGCAGUUGGUCGAGACGCUGACUGGGUUCAAGUGGAUGGGAAACACAACUCUGCUCCUGCUGCAGCAGGGCAAGGUACCACUGUUCGCGUUUGAGGAAGCGAUCGGCUACAUGUGCAGUCCACGAGUGCCCGACAAAGAUGGCGUCUCCGCUGCUGUACAAGUGGCCUCCCUCGCAUCGAUGCUGUACGCCAAAGGAUCGUCCCUCGUGGAUCAGUUGCAAGCUCUGUACGCGGAGUAUGGCUACCAUGUCUCACAUAACUCAUACUUCAUCGUCCACGAGCCUUCGGUCAUACAGAAGAUAUUUAGCAGGAUCAGGAAUUAUCAUGGACCAGGGGUGUAUCCAAAGACGGUUGGGUCAUGUGAAGUAACGUUUAUAAAUGACUUCAGUGCAGGAGUUCGAAUACCCGAAGAAGUUAACGGCGAAGGACAUUUGAGCGUGCUAGGCACAGGCUUAGACCAGGACUACACGAGCGGCGAGAUGAUCUCCUUCCAGUGCAGCAACGGCUUGAGCGUCACCAUACGCACGAGCGGCACGGAGCCCAAACUGAAGUACUACACCGAGCUCGUGUGCGACGCGCCCACACUAACAGAACAAGAAGCCAAGAAAAUUUUCCUCGAGCAAACAGUUAAAGAAUUCAUCAACGAACUAAUUCAGCCUGAGGAAAAUGGCUUAAUUGGUUGAACUCCCCUUAUUUAGUACAAGUAAGAUCUAAGCACAUCAUAUUUAUUCGAAUACCGUACUGUAUGUACCGUAUUUAAUUAACCAUUUUUGAAAAUGAAACAAAAUUUGUGUUUUCGAUUUGUUUAGUGCUUUACCAAAGGAUUAAUAUUGUUACUGUGAUAUUUAUGUUCCCUUUGAUUUGUUUAACAAAUUGUGAUAUGU